AUGAAGUCUGUCACCCCAGAGAUGAUUGCUUACAUAUGUGUCCAGGCAUGCUUUUUUAUUUCAACACUUGAAACCUUUGGCAAGGUCAAUGAAAAUUUUAAUUUCAAAGUGUUUUAUUACACUAUUCUUGAGUUUUUCGAAGACUGUGAGUCUCUAUGGGUCCAGGACACACUUAAUUGGUGGAAUGAACAGGUUUUCGGCUCCUCUGGUGAAUUGCUCACUAUUGAACCUGAGGAGGAUGAGGGGUUAUUGAUUGCAGCCAUUUUGAGAGCUCAGAAGGCUUGUGAAGGGUGUGGACAGUCUCAAGCAGGAGGAUUGGCUGGCCAGGGUCAAGGACUGGCUACUCAAAUGCAAGACACUCACCUGCCAGACAAUACACACAUGGAUGAGGGCGCCGUGAUUGUUGCUAAUGGCUGUGGUGUUAUUGACUCGAAGAGUGGUGGAAUCUGUGGUGCCUACAGUGAUGGCUCGCAUGUCAUCUGUGACAACUUUGGUGGUGUUGUGUCCGCGCAAACUCCCGAUGGUCGUGACUGGGGCUCUUGCGGCGCCGUGAUUGUUGCUAAUGGCUGUGGUGUUAUUGACUCGAAGAGUGGUGGAAUCUGUGGUGCCUACAGUGAUGGCUCGCAUGUCAUCUGUGACAACUUUGGUGGUGUUGUGUCCGCGCAAACUCCCGAUGGUCGUGACUGGGGCUCUUGCGUCGGCUCUUCAGAGACAUGCGGUUCUACCCAUAUCCGCUUCUGCUGCUCUUGA